AUGGAGGGCGCGUGGGGCCUGAAGCUGCUGGAGGCACGCAUCCCGUCGUACGUGGUCCGCAACCAGAGCGUGACGCACCAGUGCCUGUUCGACCUAGAGGGCGAGGCGCUCUACUCGGUCAAGUGGUACAAGGACGGCCGCGAGUUCUACCGAUACGUGCCCCGGGACGCGCCGCCAGCCCAGCUCUUCCCGCUCGCUGGGGUCACCGUAGACAUGGAGAGCUCCAACGCCAGCCAGGUGGUGUACAAGACGGUGGGACUGGGCAGCUCCGGCCGCUACCGCUGCGAGGUGUCCGGGGAGGCGCCCUCCUUCCAGACCGUCACGGACCACGGGGACAUGGUCGUCGUCGCUCUGCCGGAGGAUGGCCCAGUGAUCACGGGCGCGCGGGCCCGCUACCACGUGGGCGACACGGUGCACCUCAACUGCACUUCCGGCCGUUCCAGACCUCCCGCGGAGCUCACGUGGUUCGUCAACGGCGAACAGGCGAAUUCCAGCGUUCUGGUGGGUCCCGAGGUGGUGGGCCCGGCUGACGCGGAAGGCCUGGUGUCGGCACGGCUGGGACUGCACUUCCGGUCGCAGGCGGCGCACUUCCGGCACGGCGGCUCGAUGAAGCUCAAGUGCCUGGCGACGGUGGCCACCGUCUACUGGCGCAGCAACGAGGAGAGCGUGCGCGGAGACAAGCCCCAGAGGGCGCGCGUCAUGGAGAGCCGGGGGGCCGCGGCCGCCGCCCGCGGUGUGGCUGACGAUGGCGCUGGUGCUGACACCUUGCGGGACAUGCUGCAGGUAGCGCCAACACCUGCCCUGAGCGCCGCCGAUGGAUUCGCCGAGCAACAGCCGCGACAAACGGCCACUGGCGGUUACGGACGCAACCCUCCGCCAGCCACCAGUGACGUCAACGGCAAAGUGUUCGACAGUAAGCGCGGACUGACGAUGAAAACUAUAAUUCCAGAGGCAAGUAAAUAUGCUCAAGAAUGA